AUACGGAAAUCGUAUCGUUGUAUCCCACAGUUUGCCGCACCGAUAUCGGUAGGUACACGUAUAAUACUUUACGGUGAUCAAUAGAAGUAUAUAAAUCAGUAAAUAGUCAUACAUUUAUCAGAAAGCCGAGGAAUCGAUUCAUGAACACGCAGUAUUUCGAUUUUUAGUUGCUUAUGUGUAUUUUGGAUAGUAUUGUUCAACGUAAAAACUAUUAGCGAAUAAUAACAAUACAUAAUAGGUAUAAUAAUUUCCGUCUCCACCCACGAGGAAUAACACUGCUAGCUAACGAUCGCAUACAAGUAAUAUUGAACCAUUUAAACAUGAGAAAAGAAAAAUGUUUUAUUAUCUUAACAUGCAUGCUUGGAAUGGCAACAUCUCAGUCCAGUAAUGGAUGCAACACUCCAAAUUAUGAAAAUGGUGUUUGUAUCGACAUUAAGCGUUGCCCAAAGUUACUAACCCUAUUAGAAACUCAAAGACAAGUGCCGGCCGUUUUAGUCUUCCUUAAGAAAUCUUUUUGUGGAUUUGAAGGCAAAAGUACAAAAGUGUGCUGUCCUCUGGAAAAUAAUGUUGCACCGGCAGCUCCUGUAGCACCAAAAGCACCGGCAACAAUGCCGACGCCGCCGGUAGUACCAAACGUAAUGAACAAUAUUGGGACAACGAACAACGGUGCGGCAAAAUUACCAUCUCAAUCUAGGUGCGGAAUGACCAACGUCACCCGCAGUCGAAUUAUUGGAGGGACCCCAGCGGAAUUAGGAGCUUGGCCUUGGAUGGCAGCCCUCGGCUAUCAGGGAACAAAUCGAAACAAUCGCGCUGUACAGUGGCUUUGCGGUGGCACAUUGAUAUCAAAUACACACGUGCUAACAGCUGCACACUGCGUAUUCAAUGUCGCUGUGAAACUGACUACUGUACGAUUAGGUGAGUUGGAUUUGGAUCCCACGGUCGAAGACGGUGCAAGUCCGAUAGAUGUUCCAGUAGAUCGUAUCGUCAUACAUGCGAGAUACCACCCACAAGAACUUACCAGUGACAUAGCAUUGGUGAAGUUAAAAAAUAGUGUUGCUUUUAACGUAUUUAUACAACCCAUUUGUUUACCAAUCACUCCAACUAUGAAAAACGCGGAUAUGUCGAGAAGUUUGCCUUUUAUUGCUGGUUGGGGUACUACUCAACCUAACCCCAGUACACCUCCCAGCUAUCCACCCACAACUACUUUGAUGGAAGUUCAAGUUCCAAUGACGAGAACUGCGGAAUGUAAACAAGCAUAUUCAAAACAAAAAGCUGUAAUUGAUGACAGAGUGUUAUGUGCUGGAUAUCCAGAGGGAGGAAAAGAUUCAUGUCGGGGUGAUUCGGGAGGUCCAUUAAUGAUGCCAAAAGGAAAACAAUACUUUUUGAUGGGUAUAGUGUCUUACGGGUUAACAAUAUGUGGCCAACCAGGAUUCCCAGGCGUGUACACCAGGGUACCUUCAUAUAUUGAUUGGAUUGUUGAGAAAGUAAACGAAAACGACGGAAGAAAACCAUCGAUUCAGGUUAACAUGAGGAAAGAACAGUAUUUUAUUUUCAUGAUGACAUUCAUACUCGGAGCAAAUACUGCUAAUCCCAGCAAUGAAUGCAGUACACCACACAAUGAAAAUGGCAUUUGUAUGAAUAUUAAGCAUUGCAAAAAGUUAAGAGAGUUGCUGGAAAGCCAGAGACACAUUCCUUCUGUCAUGGCCUUCCUGAAGAAAUCCUUUUGUGGACACGAAGCUGGAAUUACAAAAGUAUGCUGUCCUUUGGAAAAUGCAUUUUCGGAUGAAUCGAAACCAAUAGAAGAGACUACUAGCGACAUCAAGACACAUAAACCAUCGAAAUUGCCAUCACAAGGAACAUGUGGUCAUAGCAAUCCUAUCAGCAAUCGAAUUUUCGGAGGGAGUCAAUCUGUUUUAGGUACUUGGCCUUGGAUAGUAGCUAUGGGAUACCAAGAGGUCAAUGGAAGAAGUCAUGAAUUAUAUUGGCUAUGUGGUGGUACUUUGAUUACCAAUACACACGUACUGACAGCAGCGCAAUGUGUGGCUAAUCGAAAGACUGUAAGGUUAACUGUGGCGCGCUUGGGGGAUUUGGAUUUAGAUCUCAAUGUCAACGAUGGUGCGACGCCGUUAGAUGUUCCAAUCGAUGAUAUUAAAAUACACGAGAUGUACAACCCUCGAGAAAACACCAAUGACAUUGCAAUACUGAAAUUAAAAAAUAGUGUUUCCUUUAGUGAUUUCAUCCAACCAAUAUGUUUGCCAAUCCAAUUGGAGAUGAAACAUGCUGAUAUGACGAAACUUAUGCCAUUUGUUGUGGGCUGGGGUUCCACGCAAGAACUGUUUUUCUCCAGUGAAUCACGCAAUACAGCUUUAAUGGAAGUUCAAAUGCCAUUAACGGACAUCUCAAAAUGUAAAGAAGCGUAUUCUGGUGGAUACAAUGUGAUUGACGACCGCGUUUUAUGCGCUGGAUACCAGGAAGGCGGAAAAGACUCUUGUGGGGGUGAUGCUGGAGGUCCUUUAAUGUGGCCAAAAGACGGUCAGUACUAUUUAAUGGGAAUAGUUUCUUACGGAUUUGUAUUGUGUGGUGAACCAAAUCAACCGGGAGUAUACACCAGAGUUACCUCAUUCGUGGACUGGAUCUUAGAGAAAAUAAACAGUACCUAACUGAAUUUUAUAAAUUGAAACUACCAAUUUUAAUGUUAGUCCAUCAACUUGUUUUAAAGAAACCUUUAAAAUGUAUCUACAGUUUACUCUGCAUAGACUCUACACGUUUAUACCGCGUAGAUUUUCCUUGUGGACAGAUAUUUUACCUACAUAAAUUAUAUAUUUUAAUAUUAACUUAAUUUAUUUUAUAGCUAUAUGACAUAAUAUGUAUAAUAAUAAUUUUUAUUUGGAUUUAGAUGAAAAUGUUUUUCAAUAUUUAUGUAUUUGAAAUUUGAAUGAUUUGAAUGAUUUGAACGAUUUCAUUGGUUCAUAAAUGAGUUUUAAAUUUGGAUUUAACUAUUCAAAUUAAAUUAACUUGAGAAUAGGAGUUUGUUCGUUGAUUGAAAUGGGUAAAAACAAUGUCAACCUAGUAAUAUAUAAUGACUAAUGACAAAUGAAGUACCAUAAUGUACAUUGAUUUUUAAGCUCGUCGAAACAAAAUAUACAAAACAAUAUUUUUACCGAA